UGUCCGGUACACAAGUGCAGAAGAACCCGCACAAAUCAUAUUCGCCAUUUUCAUAUUUUUAACGGAUAAAUAAAACUUCAGAAUUUUCAAAAUUCCCUCUCUCUCAGUCUCAGUAGUUAGUAUGGGUGUGAAGAACUUGUGGGAUAUCUUGGAAUCAUGCAAGAAAACUCUACCACUUCACCAUCUCCAGAACAAGAGGGUGUGCAUAGAUCUCUCUUGCUGGAUGGUUCAGCUUCAAAACGUUAGCAAAUCGCACUCUUGUAUGAAAGAGAAGGUUUAUCUCAGAGGUCUCUUUCACCGCCUCAGAGCUCUCAUUGCUGUUAUUUGCACCAUUGUUUUUGUUACAGAUGGAUCAAUUCCUGCUAUUAAGUUAUCAACUUAUAGACGCCGCUUAAAUUCAGGAAGUGAGGAGAUGGUGGUUAUAUCACUUGCUAUGAAAUGACAGAUGUAGAGAGACGGCAUGGAUUUGGAAGGAACUUAUUGGAAGUAAGCAUGAUUCACAAAG